AUGCCUGUAACAGAUUCGUUGGACUGCUGGAAAUGCCCAGAAGAUCAAUGGCCUAAUGAAAGACACGAUGCCUGCAUCCCAAAAGUGAUAGAGUUCCUAACAUAUGAGGAGCCCUUGGGUAUAACUCUUGCUACUGUUGCUCUGUUCAUGGCUCUACUGAAUGGUUUAGUCCUGGGGAUUUUCAUUAAACACAGAGACACACCAAUAGUCAAAGCCAACAACCGUGAACUCAGUUAUCUACUUCUUCUUGGGCUCAUGCUGUGUUUUCUCUGUGCCUUAAUAUUUAUUGGUAAUCCAACUGCAAUAACUUGCCUGUUUCGGCAAACCAUAUUUGGUGUAAUUUUUUCCAUUAGUGUCUCUUUGGUUUUGGCAAAAACUAUCAUUGUGGUUAUUGCUUUUAAAGCAGCAAGACCUGACAGUAAACUGCAAAGACUGCUGGGAACAGUUGUACCAAAAUUAGUAGUCUGUUUCUGUUCCACUGGGCAAUGUAUUAUAUGUGCUGUUUGGAUGUUAUGCAACCCUCCUUUUGUAGAGUGCAAUACAAAAUAUUCAGAUGGGAAAAUAAUAAUUCAGUGCAAUGAACACAAUAUAGCAUUUUUCUGUUGCAUGCUGGGAUAUCUAGGGGGUUUAGCAAUUGUUUGUUUUGUUGUUGCUUUUUUGGUAAGAAAUUUACCUGGCACAUUUAAUGAAGCUAAAUUCAUUACCUUUAGCAUGCUAGUGUUUGUCAGCGUGUGGCUGUCCUUUAUACCUGCAUAUCUGAGCACUCAGGGUAAGUACAUGGUUGCAGUGGAGAUAUUUGCAAUCUUAGCCUCAGGUGCUGGAUUACUCAGCUGUAUAUUUUUACCCAAAUGCUACAUUAUUUUACUUCAGCCUCAUAAAAAUACAAGGAAGAAUUUAAUAGGUGCAACUCAGUAA